UCUGGGGAGGCAGACUGGACGGCGGCAGGAUGGCCUCGGUGGAAGAAAUAAGCAACUUCCAGGCGGGAGACCCCGGGCCCAGCAGGGAUGCGCCCAUCAACCUGAACCAUUACGCCACCAAGAAGAGCGUGGCAGAGAGCAUGCUGGAUGUGGCACUCUUCAUGGCCAAUGCCACGCAGUUGAAGGCCGUGUUGGACCAGGGGCCCACCUCCCAGCACUACACCGCCCUCGUCGCCCUCAUCGGCGUCUCCCUCCUCCUCCAGCUGGCCAUGGGUGUCCUCUUCAUCAUCAUCGCCCGCAUGAACCUGAACGAGGUGUCCAAGCAGCAGAGGUUGAACCACCUGAACAAUAUGGCCACUGCCCUGGUCUUCGUCACGGCAGUCAUCAACAUCUUCAUCACAGCCUUUGGGGUGCAGAAGACAGGGUUCCCCCCUGCACAGCCCACCCAAAGAGCCUUUUGAGCCCAGCCCAGGUGGUGGGGCUGAAGUUGCCAAGCCUACUUCUUCAUCAGCCCGGGUUUGGCUUUUCUCUGCCCGAGACAGAGACACCUUCCUCCUCACCCCAGCAUACAGAGGUGCCCCCAGACCCCACCACCCCUGGGUUCCAGCUUCUGUCUCCCCCAUCUAUCAGGGCUGGACUCCAGCCUCCCUCCUCCUGCCCAGGCCCAGUCGCUUCUGAGAGAGGAAGACCUCUGGAACCCUCUGAGCCAAGCCCCCAGCCCCAUCUGUUGGCACCCUCCCCCAAACAGCGCCUGUCCCACUUAGCCUGUGAGCCCUCCAGGGAAGGGCAAGGUUGGUGCUGACCAUCUCCGGAUCCCCGUC